CAGAUUUCGCGAAACCCCAGCAACGGGGAACAUUUUCUCGAAGAAUUGCACUAGUGACCUCUAACAGUGUCCGCCAGUGCGAUCCAGUUCAUAAACAGAGUCAGCAACCGAGUUGAAACCAAAGAUUUUCAUACAUCUCCUGCCGGUGGCUGUUGCGCUAUGGCGAGCUCUUUAAAAAAGCAAUCUAACCCGACGUCGUCCCACGGAGUUCGCCGUAUUUCGAGUGACAAUCACCAUUCGUCGCCCAAUGGAUCGCCCAACGGCCUUGGAAGGUCGUCGUCCACAAGACAAUCUCCUGCGCCCGUUUCUGCUCGCGCAGCUGCAAGAAGGCCGCCCGGCCGCUCCAACCUAAGCAUGAGCAGUGUUCCGAGAAACUUUAUGAACCCUAAUAAUGUUCCCGACGAUGAUGCGAAAGCCGCAAACUCGACGCUUAUCGGCGAACUCAGACAACAGGUGCAAAAGGCUGAAACCGUCUCUGAUCAGUAUCGCAAGCAACUUGGGGUUCUGCAAAUGCGACUAGAUGACGCGGUUGGAGAACAGACACGUUUCGAGGAACAGGCGCAUGAAAAGGAUGGCAAAAUCAAUUCCCUACAUGAUGAGGUUAAAGAGCUGUCGCGCCAGCUGCGUGAAAUGGAACAGGCCUAUGAGACGGAGCGGACUGCUAUGAUGAAGGACAAGGAAGCUCAUGCCGCCAGGGAAGAAGAGCUCCAGUCCACCAUUCAGCGCCUGAAAGAAACAAUUUCGCAGAAGGAUCUGCGGAUGAAUGUGGAGAAUGAUCGCAAUCUAUCUCGAUCUCCCUCUUUCCGGAACCGCUCCUCUCAAGAUGUCGAGAAUGGCCAGUUCGCCCCAUCGUCACAGCUACAACGCAGCCCGUCACGGAACAACUCGAAAUUAAUUCUGCAAAAGGAUAAGCUAAUCGAGUCCUUGAGACUUGAGCUAGCAGAAGCGCAGAUCAAAUUAAUCGAGAUGGAAAACAUGGGUGGUGGCCGUCAGCAGGAACUGGAGCGCGAACUCCUCGAGGCCCGCAUGGCCAAUGCUCGCUUGAUGGAAGACAACGAGAGUUACCAGUUACUCUUGAGCGAAAAGACCCUGAAUGGGGAUUUUACCAAGGGAGAUUUUAUGCACCAAGCUUCUGCUGACAACGAGAUCAACGCGACUGGAUCCGGCUCCCUAGCCGAUGAACUCGAGUCAGCCGCAGAAGGAGGUGAAGCGGAGUCGCGACGUCGCCUGGAAGCUGAACUGAAGACCCAGGUAGAUCACAACAAGGCCUUGAGCUUGUACAUCGAAAGAAUCAUUGGUCGUCUGUUGCAACACGAAGGAUUUGAACAUAUCUUAGACAAGAGCGACAACGAUGUCCCCGGUAAUCCCCCAGCCAGACCUGCGAAGUUGGAUAAGGAGUUACCACCACCUCCCCCAGAAAGGAACGAAGCUACUGCCCCGACCUUCCUCCAACGUGCCAAGUCGGUAAUGGCCGGACAAUCGACGCGGCCAAAGCCUCGACCUGUCAGCCAACUGAUGCACUCUACCACCUCCCAAGAAGCUCCUGCGACCUCGCAUCCCACACCCCAUGAAAACCCAGAAACCGCCCCAAGGAUCCCCCUGAACCGCUCUAGAACAGUUCAGCACCGCAGAACAAGGUCCGACCAAGCUGACGGGGUAGCUGCAGCCAACGUUGUCGGUCAGAUGUAUCGUGGGCCCGCUGGGCGGUCUCCCCCCUCUGGUCCUAUGAGUCCAGGCAUCAGCCCAACGUUGUCACAAGGUCCGUUCUUUUCUGGCUCUUUUACUUCGAAGCGAAACUCGGGACAGGGAGCUUCAAUGUCGAGCAGAGGCGGGGAGCGAGACAGUGUGAUGAGCGAUCGCAGCGGCGAAAUCGGUUCUCAAGGAACGUCGUCCUCUCCACCUCGACAUAGUUCUGGCAUGAACAACUAUACUGGAGCUGUGAUGACACAAAGUAAACUGCGCCCUCUUAGACUCGUGCAGGAGAACCAAGAAUUAGACAGCGGAGACCAAGGCGGCAAGUCUCCGGACGAUGAAGAAGCGGCCCGAAAGAAGGCCAAUCGAGCAAGCUGGAUUUCCUGGUUCAACCGCCCAGCUUCAAACUCCGUUGAUUCUACCAACACGACGACCAGUUAAACCGGUAGAUACCCAAAUUCCUUUUUUGAGUGUUUGAUCGUCGAGAUUCUACCCACUUAUGCCCCGGUAUUAUGUCUAUCUAUCGGAGGAUGCUAUGCCAUUUUAUUUACGAUAUGUUCUAUUAAUCUUUUGGAAUGCGUGACGGAACUGUCUUCGUUGGCUUAUAUUUUAAUCUUAACCUCCUACUUAUGUGAAACGAAUCCAUUAUUGGAACCUUACACGGAUGAUAUAAAGUUCCCUCGUUCUACGGCAAACGGGCAUCUGGACUCAACGGGGCUAACGGCGACAAGGUGUAAGCCUUAACCGCCAUUGAGUUUUGUCCUACAGUCGCUUUUAUAGACGAUUUCUUGCGAUGUGUUUGGUAUUUGCACUAACACCAUGGUUUGCUUCCGGUGUGACCUUCGGCAACAAACAAUGUCUCUCAGGCUCCUAAGUUUUGUGUCCCGCAUAUGUCUGUUUUAUACCAUCCUCCACUUAUAUAUAUUCUGCAACUUUGACAGUCCUUUGGUUUACAUUUCCAGCUUGAAGAAUACCCUUGAUCUAGGACUAUAUAAUAUACAAACUUUCUACAAAA